CUGUCAUUUUGUGUUGGCCACUGCCACGGGAGAGAAGCUCGCAUCAGCUUUUACGACGUCGUUUUAAAUUCCUUCACAGUCUGUAGUCCAUUUGCGCAAAUAGACCUUAAGUCAGUGUUCGAAGCGACUUGUGUGCAGCACUUACCUGUUUCCAAUAGCCGUUCCGUCCAGUUCAUCAAUCGGUCAGUUUAAACUAAUUUUGCUUGCUUAUUUUCGGUCGUCGUGAGUCGCUCGUUAGUGCAUCCGCGUAUGUAAAGUGCAUGUGACACAUAGAUAUUGCGUGUAAAUCAAAGCAGGCGCGCGGUGACUACUGCGAUUGGCGUGAAAUUUGAAUUGUCGAAAAAUGGCGAAGUGGUUCCAUCAUCGUCAUCAUAGUAGCCGCUGCUGCAGUUGUGGCCUGCCGCUGUAGUCUAUCUAGUGAGUGGAUUGCGAAUACCAAAGGGGAGUGCUGGGGCGUGGUGGACGUGCUUUCUUAUACUAGGGGUGUGCUAGGGGUCUCACUCUGUGUAUGUGUCUGAUUCUGUUGAUGUUCCCCCCAACAACAGAACCGCGGGGCGAAGUGAGUCAGUGUGAUCAGCGCCUACUAUGGGAAAGGGGGAGUGAGUGUGAAGCAGAUUUUUAGCCAACAAAAAAAAAAAGAGAGUGGUGAAGAGGAGAAAGAAAAACAAGCCUUCCUCAUCAUCAUCAUCAUCAACAAAAACGGCCACAUACCGAAAACCAACAAAUAACCAUACCCCCAAAGUGUCCAAAUGAUGUGUGAGGCGGUCUGUGGGGCUGUGGAUUUGCUGCUUUACGUGUAGCGGAGAUUGGCACGACGAACGAAGAAGACUCGAACCGGAGUGCCUUGGAUCCAGAAUAAAACUAAAAAGCAAGAAGAAAGGUGAAGAAGAAUCAAUCCAAGUUAUUGCCAACCCACCAAAACUCGUAUUGUGCCACACAUAUCCACCGGCAGAGGAGAAUUAUUCAGCUGAGAGAUCCAACGACCCGCGCGCCAACCAUCGCAACACAAGAAGCGUAACGAACGAUUUUAUACGAUCGACAGGCGGUAACAGCUUACGACACAUUCCAGUGGAAUUUGGUGGAACACCUGCAGCCGGUUGAUCAAGCACACGUCCGCCUCUGUUCCCAUUUUAAGGGAGGGGAAUCCUAAAGGAAGUACCUGCCACCUAGCAGCCACAGCACGGCCCGAGCGAUGCACCAACGAUGGCCUUAAGUUCGAACAUCUACGCAAUACUGGUGACCUGUUUGGGAUUCUUCUGCCUGGUGAUCAGUGCCACUGCCGUCGGGGUGCCGAUAUGGGCGUACUACGAGAGUCGAGGGGGAGAGGAUCGGGGGUACUUCGGACCGUGGCAAAAGUGUCAGAAGAUUAGUUACCGGGAACGAUGUGGAGACGUGGGCCGGUUUCAGCCAUCAGGAGUCGUUUUCACCAGUGGCCUGAUGGCGGUGGCGGGAUGUGCUUUGUUCGGUCUGUACUGCAUACUCAGCAUCAUGCAGAUAGCGAUGAUCUCGUCGCGGGAUCGAAUCUGCAUGAAGUACAGCGUUCUCAUCACACUGAAGCUGGUGCUGGUGGUGCUGGCCACAUUCCUAUCGCUGGCUGCGGCUGGCCUGUUUGCCCUGCAGACCGAUGACGACCGAACGGGGUAUCACAUCACACGGGGGAUCUCGUUCUACCUGCAGAUCGUAACGGUGGCCCUGUCGUUGGCCCUGAUGGUCCUGUCGGUAUACGACAAAAUACUGACGAAGCGACCGGACGGUGAUCCCACGAUGAUGGGCAACGCCAACGGCAAUGCGACGACGUACAACAAUCCGGGCUUCCGGGAGACGAAUGGCAUCGCCGUAACCAACGCAAGUGGACGGCCAUACUCCAGCAUCAACGGAAGCGUCCAGUCCGUUACCACCACCAUGACAACGAUGUCCAAUGGGUCAACGAUUGGUUCCGGUUCGGUCACACGAACGCCAUUACGGUCCAGCCUGAAGAAACCCCGACCACAGAAUGCCGACGGGUUGGGUAUCCGAAAUCCAGGAUAUUCCGAGAAUGGUACCGUCAAGAAGGUGCGAAUCCAAACUGGCAGUACUGAUGUUUAAAAAGGGUCGUUCAGUACCUGCGCACGUGUCCGUCCAUCAUAAAAACAAUAAGAAUGAGUAGAAACAAAUCUCGACAAGACGAUCUUUAUUUACUUAAGCUAUAUGCAAGCAAAUCAUUAGAUCUGAAUUAAGUGUUAUUUAGUCUUAGACUAUAUAUGAAUAUUUUUUGUUGAAGCUGUCACUUAAAAAGUACUGAUUGUAAAUAGCACAACUAUUGAAAACAAAAAAGACGUACUAGAAUCAACAAAUCGUAUCGAAUCACCUAAAAGAAUAAGCAACGCGCAAAAAAUAUAUAAAUUAGCCAAUCUAGUGAAAGAAAAAUUUGCCAAUUUAUUAUUUAUGAGUGUCAAAAAGAAGAUGCAGCAAAAUUGCAGGCCAGAUCAAAAGGAAAACUUAAGUGCACUUCAACGUUGCCUUAGCGCGUACCAGCAAUAAAGAAAUCUCUAUUAUAUGAAUUAUAUCAUAUGUAAGUAUGUGAGCAGGACCAAUCAAUGAGUGCAGUACCAGAUUAAAUCGUUUAAUCACAGGAAAACAGAAGUUUGCUUCAACGAUAUGUUACGUUUGUGGUUGAACUGAAAAGUGAUUUCCCUUAGCAGUCUUAUUUCAAAUUCAAUAAGGAAUUAACUUCUACGCGCAUGAACUUGUUGCAAGUUGGCAGGAUUUGCAUGCAUAUCACACACAACCACCAUCAGCAUUCUUAACCAUUACCUGUUAGAUUUUAAUUGUUUAAGCUCCAAUAGUCUUCCACUUAAGUCAGAUUAAGGGCCCUAUUUUAUAAGUCGAGUCGAUCAAAAACGACUCGACUGGAGUCACUGUCGACCAACAAUUUCGCUCGACUUGGCUCUGUCACUCGAGUUUAUCGACAGUUGUCACUCUAUGUGACUGGAUUACUAUGGGAGUCGACGGGUGACAUCUGAAAUAUGCAUGCUUACUUUGAUCGAUAAUGACUUCAGACGAGUCACAUGGUUUCGCUCGAAUUACAAAAUAGACCCCUAAGUCCAAGUAUUUUUUCUAUUUUAAAGUAGCGUCAUCAGGUACAUGAUAAGUUAUACAGAACAUCAGCAGUACUUUUAAAUAUGGCAUCGAAUUGCUUGAAACCAUUGAGCAAGGUGUCACAAAUAAUGUGAAACAAUCCGUCCAUAUAAGAAGCGAGCGUUACGAAUCAAAUUGUGUUUAUAAUUUGAGUUUAUUGAUUUUACAGGAAAAUUUAUUGGCUAGAGUUAUAAUGUGUACUGUGAUUCAUUUUAAAUGAAUUGUGUAUCGGAAUGAGACAAAUGAAUGGAACAAUAAACGGUUGUUACUAACAGUA